AUGCGCUGGCUGCUUGAACACCUACUUGGAGCUACAGAAGAUACAGGAUUCCUCUGGGGCCCACUGACACAUGCUCUGGCCUGCAGCCACUGUGGCCACUGUUGCCUCCACAGUCCAGGAUAUCUGAUGAUACUUUUCUUGUUCAUGGUUUGGCAGAUUCAGAGAUGGCAACAGCAUGAGUCCUGGUGCCCCUGGGACAUGAUGCAAAGCAAGGGUUUACCACUUCUGUGUGAGUUGGCUUUCUUUGAUUGCCUGUGGAAGCAAAAGUCAGAGGAGAAAGAAGAGGGGAAAGAGGAGGAAGAUAAGGAAAACCAGUCAUCACCUCUGGAUGCAGUGAAACCACACUCCAGUCCCAAAAGAGCUUCCACUGGAGACCAAGGUGCUGCAGCCCCACAGCAGCCAUCCUAUGGUUCCCAGAGACUCCCUAAGGCCACAGGCACAGCACAGCAAAUACUCCCACAGCCCUCCAGCUCCUUCAGAUCCUUCCCUACCUUCCGGAUCCCUACCAACAUACCUUUGAGAAAUGAGAAUGCAACAGGGAGCUGCCUGCAGCAGAAAAAGCACCAGCUUUUCUACGGACUCACCUCUCAGCACAGUAAGUCCUUGGGUACUGUCUUUCUGAGCUCGGACAGCUCCUCUCCCCUGAAUUCUCUCUGUCCUGUCUUCAACAAGCUUCCUUUCCUACCUAGGUAUAACCUGUUGCUUCUCCAUUACCACUCCCCAACCCAGCUUCCUGCCUAUGAAGCCCAUACUAGGGAUGAUCGGGAAGGGAUGGGCCCUGAUACUCAGCCCAUUCCCCCUCCACUCUCCUCUCCUGUCCCACCUCUAUCCCCCAAUCUUAAGCCCUUGCCUACACACAACAGUGGAGGCCUUUCUGGAUGGGAGACUGCACAGCAGGACACACGGAAAGGAGAUCUUUGUGUCUCUGCUGACUUAGUUUCAUCUUCCAGCCUUCCUAGCCUUCCCUCAGCCUCCCUGCUGCAAUCUCCAGAAAUGGGCCCCCAGGGACUCCUGUCAGAGUCCAAAGCUUUGUGGGACACCAAGGAGCAAAAAAUAUUAGAAACUAUGUGGAAAGGCAUUGAGCAUUCAGGGAAUUCCUGGGCUUCUGAGCCCCAAUCUGUGGUCCUCAACCCAGCCCCUGUUUCUGUACUAGAACCUCUCAGAGCCAGGGUUUUGUCUACUGAAGCUACACGUGGAGACAUACAAAGAAGAAAGAACUCAGAGGCCUCCCAGCUCCUAGCUCCCAGUUUACUUCAAGACCUGCAUGGAGCAAGCCCCCUGGUUGUGUCUGACCCUGAGCCUGUUAAUGGGGACGUGGAACAGAAAGAAAACUCUUGUGUCCUUGUGUCCCCAGUUUGGGGGCCCAGCUCACUUGAAAACUCUGUUUCCAAGUCUCAUAUAAAUGAAUCUCUUCAAGACCAAAGCAAAUAUAAGCCUGUAGAGGAAGCAGUAGAGCCAAGAGAGACCUGCUGGGCCACUGAACUCCCAGCUCCCACCUCCCUCUCUGUUCCAAUACCAGAGCCACACACUGGCCUUAAGUCUGUGUAUAAAACUGGGCAAGAAAAACAGGACCCCGGGACCCUUGGCCUUAUUGUAGAGGAUGCUGCACCUCCAAUAUCCUGGCCUUCCAUCCUAACUGAAGCACUCGAGACCAAGCCUUCCCAGUGGGCUCUACAGAAAGAAGAAAUGUCUGCAGGAAUUAGGUCAGAGACCCCAUCCUCCCAGGGUCAGGCUCUCCCAGAGGUGAUCACCCACCUGAGGGUCCCCACCUGGCAAUGGAGUAGGGAGUUGGAACAUAGACUGAAGAAGCUGAAGCAGAGCCCUGCUUUCAGAUCUCCUGGCCCAAGUCCAAUUUGCUGCUCUGCUGCCCUGAAUCCCACUGAUCUAGACUCCUGGACGCUCUCUUCCUGGGCCCCAUGGGAGACUCAUCCCCCAAACCUGUACCUCCACUCUUCAUCCUGCCACCCCCCAGACACUCAGCACACAGCACCUCAGCCUGUCCAGGCCUCCCACUGUCGUCACUCCUCUUCCUCUCAGAGGCUUCAGCCAAGAGCUUCUUGCCAGGCAGAGCAAAGGUCUCAAAAAGAGGAGAGAAUAAAAAGGAAGAUGGUAGCCCAGAUCCCAUCCCACGGGCGGUUUCACAAAAAGGCUGGGGAGAAGUGUUCAGACUUGGGAAAGCCCUCAUUUACUGAGGUUCUGGCCUCAGUCAAGAGACAGAACAAGCUGUUGGUCCUAUCUUCAGCCAAGGAAAGAGAGUCCAGAAAACCCAAAGCAACAGAAUGUGCACAAGGAAACUCUGGACUGGGCUCACUCAUAGUCGCAGGACAGAGCCACACUGAUCAGGCCGGCAGACUGGCAGGAGCCUCUGGAAGUAGCCUUUCCCCAAGGUCUUAG